CUUUAGUACUGAUGGAGCCGCCGGACUUUGAAGCCACGAACUUCACGGUGGAGGCGGCGUCGCCAGGGCAUCCGCUGUGUGAGGAAUGGAGAGACGGCUCGGAGGGCUCCGUCUUCCAGCUGGCUAAUAUCUUCCUCUUCUUAGGCUUCAUGGGCGGCAGCGGCUUUUAUGGACUCCUCUACCUGUUCACCUUUCUGACUUUGGGCUUCCUGUGCUCCACGGUGUGGUCAUGGUCGGAUUCCUGCACAACGGAAUCUUUCCUGUGGAGUUUGGCGCUCUUCGGGGUGUGUUUGGGACAGGUCUUGCAUGUCGCCUAUAGGCUGAGGAGCGUCUCCUUCGAGAAGGAAUUCCAGGAGCUUUACAACUGCGUGUUUAAAAACCUGGGAGUGUCGCUCACACAUUUUGGGAAGAUCAUGGACUGCUGCGAUGGAGACGUCCACGCCAUAGACAAGGACCACUACUUCGCCAUAGAGGGAAAAACCGCGAUUGACAAGCUGUCAGUGCUGCUGUCUGGCAGAAUUCGCGUGACAGUUAAUGGAGAGUUUCUGCAUUACAUCUACCCCCUCCAGUUUCUGGAUUCACCUGAGUGGGACUCUCUCAGACCAUCAGAGGAGGGUGUAUUCCAGGUGACCCUUCGUGCUGAUAACCCCUGCCGAUAUGUGGCUUGGAGGAGGAAGAAACUUUAUCUUCUUUUCGCUAAGCAUCGCUACAUAGCCAAGAUUUUUGCCCUGGUUGUGCGCAAUGACAUUGCUGAGAAGUUGUACUCCCUGAACGACAAGGCUUUUGACAAGUCCGGGCACCGCUACGAUCUCCGCUUACCAAGUUACUGUCACAUGCCGAGGACCGAAUUAGAAAAAACAGAUGUCUUCCUGCAAGUGCCAGCUCAGGUGUGCCGACUGCGUAGGUGGAGCUAGCAGACUCGUCAGCCAUCAUGGACUGUCAAGUGAAGAGGAUACCUUUUCUUACACACUGGAAGAGCAGGGUCAUUUGAAUGGUAGGCAGCCAUUGACUGUAUAUAGAGAUGGAUGACAUGAGAGCAAAACCAAAACAUCAAAACAACAUACUAUAACAGGUCUAUAGGACUGAACCAGUGACUAAGGAACUGUUCAGCAGUUUUGGGACACUUGAGCUUUUUAUCAUUUGUUUAAUAUGAAAACAAAGAAAAAAAUAUGAUUUAACUCAAUUUAUUUUCAAUUUCAAUUUAUUUAUUUAUAUAGCACCUUAUACAAUCAAAACUGUCUCUAGAUGCUUUAC